UAUUCCUGCCAUAAUACUGCACUGUACCCCUACUUGUACAUAGAACUUUGGGGAACAUAUACUGUAUACAGUACACGUACAGUACUGAUUGUAACACGCUUGGCACCUAGAGCUGAUAAUGGCAGAUAAAAAGAAAUGCCGUAAAUCUAUUACCUUGGAUAUGAAGCUUAAAAUUAUUAGAUUGUAUGAUGAAGGUGUAAUUCAAGCUGAAAUAGGCCGAAAGCUAGGCUUCACUAGGACCACAAUUAACACAGUCAUGAAGAACAGAGAAAAAAUUGUUGCAGAAGUUAAAAGUGCUACACCUGUUAACACCACAACAAUUCGAAAAAGGGAUAGCAUUGUUGCAGACAUGGAGAGACUCCUAAUACUUUGGAUAGAAAAUCAGACAACACGCCAUGUUCCUGUAAACCAGGCAAUUAUACAAAGUAAAGCCUUAAGCUUAUUCAAUGACCUGAAGGCUAAGAAAGGUGAAGCAGCAAAGGAUGCUGAAUUUGUUGCAAGCCGUGGAUGGUUUGAUAGGUUUAAGAAGAGGUCUAAUCUACAUAACAUCAAAGUACAAGGAGAGGCAGCUGCUGCAGAUACUGAGGCUGCAGAAAGCUAUCCAAGUGAAUUUGCAAAAAUUAUUGAAGAUGGAGGCUACUCCAUGGAUCAAAUUUUUAAUGUGGAUGAGACUGGUCUAUUCUGGAAGAAGAUGCCUGCAAGAACCUUCAUUGCAAGACAGGAAAAAUCAAUGCCAGGCUACAAGCCAGCUAAAGAUAGAAUAACCCUUCUGUUAGGUGGCAAUGCUUCUGGUACCUUAAAGCUAAAGCCUUUGUUUAUUUACCGUUUUCAAAAUCCAAGAGCUUUGAAGAACUACGUUAAAACUAGACUUCCAGUGCAUUGGAGGGCAAAUAAAAAAGCAUGGGUAACUGCAGCCCUUUUUGAGGAUUGGUUUGACACCUGCUUUGUUCCAGAGGUGAAAGCUUAUUGCAAAGACAAUAAUAUCCCUUUCAAGAUUUUGCUGCUUGUUGAUAAUGCUCCUGGACACCCUCGAACACUAGAAGAGCUCAACCCUAACAUUAGAGUGGAAUUCCUACCACCAAAUACCACUUCAUUACUGCAGCCCAUGGAUCAAUGUGUCAUAGCUGCCUUCAAGUUAAACUACUUAAAAAGAACAUUCAGUAAGUGUAUUGCAGCAAUAGACAAAGAAGAAGGUGCAGGGCAAGAAGUCCUAUCGAAAUUCUGGAAAAGCUACAACAUCUUGGAUUGCAUUAAAACUGUAAGAGAUGCUUGGAAUGACAUAAAGGAUACCACAAUGAAAAGGGCCUGGAAAAAAUUAUGCCCACAGUUAGCUGAUGAUUCUGAAGGCGUUGAUGAUUCUGUAGCUAAUGUUACUGAAAAUAUUGUAGAGAUGGCAAGGCAGUUAGAGCUGGAAGUAGAGCCAGAAGAUGUUGCUGAACUGCUUGCAUCCCAUACUGAGCCCCUCAGCAAUGAAGAUCUUCUAGAACUUGAAGAGGAGAGAGAAGAAGAAGAAGAUGUGCAAAAUGGGGUUGAGAACAUUGAACAGCCUGAAGGCUUAACUUCAAAAAUUCUCUUUCAAGCUUUCCGUCAUCUUGAUAGCGCCAUGGCUCUUUUUGAAAAGCAUGAUAGGGACUUUGAAAGAAGCUUCACAGUCAAUGGUAACAUUUCAGGGGCUUAUUCCUGUUACAAAGAAAUCUACAGAGAAAAGAAGAAAGCUACACUUCAAACCUCCAUAGAGACUUACUUUUCUAAAAGUCCAUCAGCACGCAGAUCAUCAUCAUCGACAGACAGUCAUUUGGAUACCAGAUCAUCAACUGGCAGUCCAUUUCCAGCUCUGGCAUCACCACCCAGUCCUGCUCCUUCUCUUAUUGCUACUUGUAGUACACCCAAUUCGCCAGCAAGAAAGCGUCUCGCCUUUGAAGAGUUGACUUGUGAAACAGAAGAUACCAGUAUGACUUCAUCCUUACUAGAAUAAAUGCUCAUAGCUGAUCCUAAGCUUAGAAAAUGUUGUGUUUACAGUAUUUUGCAAUACAGUACAGUAAAUAUGUUCUCUUGUCCUAAGCUGAUCCUAAGCUUAGAAAAUGUUGUGUUUAUUUUGCAAUACUGUACAGUACAGUAAAUAUGUUCUCUUACCCUAAGCUGAUCCUAAGCUUAGAAAAUGUUGUGUUUAUUUUGCAAAACUGUACAGUACAGUAAUUAUGUUCUCUUGUCCUAAGCUGAUCCUAAGCUUAGAAAAUGUCUUUAUUUUUCAAUACAGUACAGUAAAUACUGUAUGUUCUGUUGCCCUAAGCUGAUCCUAAGCUUAGAAUUUUUUUUGUUUAUUUUGCAAUAAAUAUUUUCUUUUGGCCUAA